GGGGGGGUUGUUUUUUGGAGACAAGGUCUUGGUUUGUAUCCCUGGCUAGCUCAGAACUCAUUCAGAGAGCAUGCUGGCCUUGAACUUGUGAUCUUCCUGUCUCUGCCUCCUAAGGGUUGAGAUUACAGGGGUCGACCACCUCCUAAAACAAGCAGGGUAUUUCUCUAUUUUCACAUGUUAUAUGUAGUUAUACCCUGUAUGUUAUAAAUAUUUGACUUAACAGUUUACAAUGAUUUUUAUGCCAUGGAGAAGAUGUAGUUUUCUUUUCAUCUUAGAAUAUGCAGGAGAAUGAAGAAAUGGGGGAAGGAAUGUGUACACACACACACACUUCUGUAUCCUUCUAAAUGCAUAGUGUUAAAUACACCAAGAACAUUAGCGUGAAACUCAGACAGUACAAGCCCCCUGUAGUCAGAGACAAGUGUGGAAUUGAAGGGUCUUCCAGAUCGCCUUUUCAUUUUGCUCACUGUUGAAAAGAGAGUCACCAUCUGUUUUACCCUUUUCUUUUUGUGAUGAGGCCAUUGGGAGGAUUAACUUAGAUUCCAGGCUCUAAUAUAUUUCUGUGGUUUAAAAAAAAAAAAAAGAUCAUUUAACGCAUAUGCCUUAGAAGCAGUCCCUUGAGGAGGGUCAGGUUUGAGGCAGAUCUAAAAUGUCAAAAUUCACGGGGUACACACAAAGGACGAGGAAAGUAGAACACCCGAAUACUGUUGCCCAAAUGAAAGGAAUAAAGCAGUCACGGAUAAAUAAAAGAGAACUAACCAUCAGUAAGACCUCAUGACCACUGUAAGGAUGAGGAAAGGCAGGACAACAGAGAACUCUUCAUUGUUCAGAGAACCCGGAGAAGCUCUGACCCCUCCCCCGCAGCCCUGCCAGAAUGUUGGGCCUGAAAGAAUGAACAGGUUAACAGAUGUCGUGUCCACAGUCUGGGGAGGAUGAAAGGUGAUCUGCCUUACAGAACUGGCUGAGCCAUUGCAGACUACAGGGCUCACCUCCAUGAACGUCAAAGGAACGUAAGCAACACUAAAGCUCGUCCCCUUGAAAGGAGUCCCUGUGCUGUAUAUAACCACUGAGGCCUAGGAGAGAAGAACAGAGAGGCAGCCCAAAGGCUGUAGGCAUCGAGAUGGACAGCACCCCAUAAGGGAAGAGCACAGAUCAGAGUCAGGGAAAGACCUGCCUAUCAGGGAGGUCUGCCACCGAUGGGCAGAGAUCCUCCAUUACCAACAGUUUCUUGGGGCCAUGUCAGCGGUGGCAUCAGUGAGAGGAAUUGCCUCCAUUCUGUCCUCUCUGCAGAUAACGCAAGUGCCCGUAAAGGAAGCUAAGGUAACAUCUCACAUCUGGGCUGCCCAGCAAUUGACCUUGGGGCUGAGACUAGUGCCCGGACACCCAUCUGUCAAAGUAGGGAUCUUGGUGCUACUAAUUUUCCUCCCAAGUACCUUCUGUGACACGGGAUCCGUGUAUUACUCUUCCUAUGAAACGGUCAUCCCCAAGAGGUUGCCAGUCCAGGGGACUGAAGACCCCGGAGGAAGGGCGUCCUACCUGCUGCUGAUGCAGGGCCAGCAGCAGCUGCUUCACCUGAAGGUAAAGGGAGACUACUCCGUGAACAACUUCCCAGUCUACAGUUACCACGAUGGCAUCCUGGGGCAGGAGAUGCCGCUCCUCUCACAGGACUGCCACUACGAAGGCUACAUGGAAGGGGUGCCGGGCUCCUUUGUUUCCGUCAACAUCUGUUCAGGCCUCAGGGGCGUCCUGAUGAAGGAGGAGACCUCGUACGGCAUCGAGCCUGUGCCCUCCUCCAAAGGCUUUGAACACAUCCUGUACACCGUGGCACAUCAGCCUCAGGGCUCCUGCAGUGUCACUCCCAAAGACAGCCCCGGGGACAGCAGCCAGCAGCAAGGGAGCAGGAAGCCCGAUGACCUGCAGGAGCUGUCUGACGUGUGGUCACACACCAAGUAUGUGGAGAUGUUUGCUGUGGUCAACCACCAGCGGUUCCAGAUGUGGGGCAGCAACGUCAACCAGACGGUCCGGGCAGUAGUGGACAUCAUUGCUCUGGCCAACAGCUUCACCAGGGCACUAAACACAGAGGUGGUGCUGGUGGGCAUGGAAAUCUGGACAGAGGGGGACCCGAUAGAGGUCCCCGUGGACCUGCAGGCUACACUGAGGAAUUUCAACCGCUGGAGACAGGAGAAGCUGGUGGACCGGGCCAGGCACGAUGUCGCACACUUGAUCGUGGGGCAUGACCCAGGACAGAAUGAGGGCCAGGCGUUUCUGGACGGUGCCUGUUCAGACAUGUUUGCAGCAGCUGUGGAGGCCUUCCAUCACGAAGAUGUCCUGCUGUUUGCAGCGCUCAUGGCCCAUGAGCUGGGACACAACCUGGGUAUCCAGCACGACCACCCGGCCUGCGGCUGUGACCCUAAGCGCUUCUGUCUCAUGCAGGAGAAUAUCACCAAGGACAGUGGCUUCAGCAACUGCAGCUCUGACGACUUCUACCGCUUCCUCCAUGACCACAGAGGGGCCUGCCUGCUUGACCAGCCUUGGCGCCAAAGCCGCAAGCGCAGAGCUUCCCGUUGUGGAAACGGUGUGGUGGAGGAGCCGGAGGAGUGUGACUGUGGUUCUGCUUGUGACUAUCACCCAUGCUGUGAACCAACAUGUACACUGAAGGACGGUGCACAGUGCAGCGAUGGACUCUGCUGCUACAAAUGUAACUUCAGAAAGAAAGGGGUCUUGUGUCGUCCUGUUGAGGAUGUGUGUGACCUGCCCGAGUACUGUGACGGCAGUUCUCAUGAAUGCCCUGUGAACAGCUACAAGCAGGACGGUACACUGUGUGACAGGAUCUAUUACUGCUCUGAGGGUUGGUGUAAGAACCCUGAUAAGCAGUGCACAAAGAUAUACGGGUAUCCUGCAAGAUCAGCCCCCGACGACUGUUACAUUUUAAUGAACACCAAAGGGAACCGGUUUGGAAACUGUGGCUACCACACCGAGGCUAACUUAGGGUACGAAACAUGUUCCGAUGAGGAUGUAUUUUGUGGGAAACUAGUCUGUACAGAUGUUAAUUACUUGCCUCAAGUCAGUCCCCUACAUACGCUCCUUCAGGUUCCUUAUGGAGAUGAUUGGUGCUGGAGCAUGGAUGCCUAUAACACUACUGACAUCCCUGAUUUUGGAGAUGUGCAGGCUGGCACUUACUGUGCCCCAAACAAAGUCUGCAUGGAUAACUACUGCACUGAGCACACGGUGCUCCAGUACGACUGUGAACCAGAGAAAACGUGUCACGGGAAAGGCGUGUGCAACAAUUUCCGGCACUGUCAUUGCGAUGAUGGGUUUGCCCCCCCCAACUGCAGCAGCCCGGGGAACGGGGGAAGUGUGGACAGCGGGCCUGUGGGGAAGCCGGAUAAUCGGAACUUGAGUAUUUUUGUAUUUGGUGACCGCGGAAAGGUGAGGUCAGACGAGGAUGACAUAAACAUGAAGGUGGUGAUGCUCGUGGUCCCUAUAUUUCUUAUCCUUUUACUGUGUGUUCUGAUGCUGAUCGCCUACCUCUGGUCUGAAGUACUAGAAGCAGUACUAACCCCAGAGAGUUCAUCGGAGUCUUCCACAGAAUCCUCAGGCCAUGGAAGGAGAUAACCUCCACGCUGCUGAAGUUUUGAGAACUUCACAUGGAUCGUUGCUAUUGAUGAUGUCUUGUGUCUGCAGGACAAUUUGGACAGACUUAGUGGUUUUCAGGGCACGCUGCACUUGCACUCUCUAUUGUAAUAUGUUAUCUGUACUAUGUUGCUCUCCUCAGUGACAACUGCUGUUCUAUCAUGAAUGUUUUGAUGGGAUCUGAAUGUUCUAACUUGCCCUGUCAGCCACUGUUCAUAAAAUAGAGAUGAUUUUAAAUAAAUAGGAAUAAGGCCUUUUCCUCCUCAGAUGACAUCA